GCAUACUUACACUGAAUGCAUACAUCUUGUUUGUCCUACAGUGCAACACUCCCUGAAUUUUUCUUCACUGCAUCUCUUGGAGUCUCGGACUUUGAGCUUGUGGCUACAUCAUAUGUUGAUGGCAUUAUGUUGGGUUACUGCAACAGCACCCGAAAGACAGCAGAACCAAGAGAGGACUGGGUGAAAAAAAUGUUAGAAAACGAAACUGAUCUCCUGAACUUGAAUCAGUACACUCAACGGUGUUUUGAGAGUUAUGGCCUCAAAGCCAGGAUUGACAGUUUUAAGCAGCUCUUCGGCCAAAGUGGAGGUGUCCACAUUUUACAGAGGAUUAGUGGCUGUGAAUGGGAUAAUGAGACUGGAGAGAUUAAUGGUUUUAAUCAUUAUGGUUAUGAUGGAGAAGACAUCAUAUCAUUUGACCUGAAGACAUUGACAUGGAUCGCUGUGAACCCAGAGGCUGUCACCAUCAAAGAGAGAUGGGAUGCUGACAAAUCCAGAAUAACAUACAACCAACAGUUCCUCAUUGAGAUUUGUCCUCAGUGGCUAAAGAUGUGUUUGGCCUAUGGGAGGAGCUCUCUACUAAGAACAGAGCUUCCCUCAGUGUCUCUCCUCCAGAAGACUCCCUCCUCUCCAGUCAGCUGCCACGCUACAGGUUUCUACCCUGACAGAGUCACGAUGUUCUGGAGGAAAGAUGGAGAGGAGCUUCAUGAGGACGUGGACCUCGGAGAGAUCCUCCCCAACAACGAUGGAUCCUUCCAGAGGAGUGUUGACCUGAAUCUUUCAUCAGCCACACCUGAAGACUGGAGGAGGUACGACUGUGUGUUUCAUCUCUCUGGUGUGAAGGACGACAUCGUCACCAAACUGGACAAAACAAAGAUCAGAACAAACUGGGGCAAAACUCUGUUUAGUAAUGACAAAGAUGAGUCCAGUAACAUCACCAUCCCGAUUACUGCUACAGUGGUUGUUCUUGCUGUCGUCCUCAUUGCUGUUAUUGGAUUUACUGCUUACAAAAAAAAGAAAGCUCCUGUCAACAGCUCUGAGCUCUCUGAGAGACUGAAUCCAGAAACAACACAACACCCUGCACCAUAGACUGAAUAAAAGCCGUUGCACAAAGUCACGUCAUGUGGUACGGAAACAUUAACAAACUGUAAAUGCUGUGACUGUGUUUAUGCUGCUUUCCAGAUUUACAGGUGAGCAUGUCAGCAUUGUUUUAAGUCUCAUUUCCAAGUUAAAAUUUCCAACUUCCGACCUCAAAGUCUUCCAGGUGCAUCAUGGUGCAUGACGCCAAAAGUGAACAAAAAAUAUGGCUGACCGUGACAAACUGAUGGGUCUUUAUCAAGUGUGCACACUACUGAACCCUCAACAGUGCCCUCAGUAUUAAUUAAAAAUAUCCAUUAUGAUGAAAACCAGCGGCAUAAACAUACAUUACUUGUUAGCUGUGUACCUACAUCAGUUUGUAAUCUUCAAAAGCCGUUUCCUAAUGUUUUCAAUUUUUUGUCAUUUUUGUUAUUUUCCUGACUAACUUUUCUGCAGAGGUGACGACUUUCAGGAAAAUGCACAACAGAAAGACACACACACACCAGCAGUCAGCUCAGGGAAUAUCAAAUGCGGUGUUUCAAACCAAAUUUACCAGUGGAAGAGGCCCAGAUUGUAUUGAUUCACAGCCAGUGUGCAGCUUACCAACAGCACCGGCCAGACUACGGGACGUCACUCUGGUGCUGUCACAGAACCACUAAGCUUGUACAUUAAAUGCAAGAGUUGUCACUAGGUUUUAUUUUUGUACACCAAUUUUAUAUAUAAUUUUAUGUGCAUGCACUGACUAAUAAUAUAUACUUUAUAUCAUGUUUGCAUACUAAUUGUGCAUGCAAACAUGAAUGUAAUGUUUUUGUGUAGCCUAAAUAUAUUGAACAUUGAAUUACAGCGUAGUUCACAUUAAAUUAUGCCUUGUUGUGACCCCACACUU